UGCAAAAUGUGCAUCUGGCUCCUGAGAUUGAUGAAGACGAUCUCUAUUCUGGCUACAAUGAUUAUAAUCCCACGUUUGACACAGAGGAUUUAGAAAAUGAUGUAGCUUUUCAACAGGCAGCAAGAACAAGUCAUGGUAGAAGACCCCCUGUAAGUACCUUUUAAAAUACAUUGCAGUAAUGUAGACCUUCUCUAGAACCUGAGCUGUAAUUUUGGCACUGAUACAAACUUGUCUGCGGAACAUUGUAUCUUUUUUUUUCUUUUUUUCUUGUCUACCAUUAACAUUAAGAUACAGACUUUAGUUAUUUGUAUGAAAAAUAAGUAAAAAAUUAGCAGAGCACAAGUUCCAUUAAGUUCUGGAGUUAAGCUAGAGCAAACAAGGAACUUUGGUUGAAAAUGUGUAUUCUUGUUUGAUAAAACAAGAUAAAACCUUGUUAAAAAGCAAAAUGAUAUGUUCUGAAAGGACUUUGUUUAAUAUUCUAUACAUAGAAUUACUGGCUCUGACAUACAAUUACAAGGUUGAGAUACAUACUAGACAGUUGGAUUUAGAAAUCUGAGUAUUACUAUUCUGACAAUUUUCCCCUCCAUAUUCAUGUAAUUUAUAUUAAUUUUCUUACCUUAAUUUAGCUGUGACUUAAUCAGUUUUCAAAACUAGGUAUAAAUUUGGCACCUGCACUUCAGAAGUACAUACUAUAUGUCUAAAGAAGAGCUGGAACUGACCAAAUGAUAUUACUGCUUUGCCUGAAUAAUCUGGUACUACAAUCAGAAUCCUUUCUAUCACAAUUGAAGCAUUAUUUCUGUGAAUUCACUAUAGAAACUAUAUAGAAAGACUAACAGUUAACGCAUAUAGGUGUUAAUUGGUGGGAGUUUUUUGGGGUUUGGGUGUUUUUCCACUCAGGUGACAGCCAAAAUUCCUGGUACAUCAGCUUCAAGACCUUUAGCUACUGGAUUUGGGGUAGGUUUUUGUUCUGUUGUAUUCUUAAUGAAAAGGAGGUAUUUACCAAAAACUAAAUUUGCCAUUUAAUCCCUUGCACAAAGUGAGCUCUUCUUAUCUGAGUAUGUCUUUCCAGUGAACUACAUGUAUUUGUUAAUUUUAAUUAAUUCACAAUAAUGCACCUGGUCAAGGCAUGGUUACUGACUUUUUUCCUCUUUUUUUUUUUUCUCUUUCUCCCAAACCAUACUGCAAAUCAACUUCUGUACUGCAUAAGGUAGUAGAUUCCAAGUCAAAGACAACUUUAACUUCAUCUAUGGGAAGACCAAUGACAGGAGCUAUACAGGAUGGCAUUGCUCGACCAAUGACAGCAGUGCAUGCCGCAGGUUACACUAAGGCAGCUAUGAGAGGUUCUUCAUUUGAUCCUCUUGGCCAAGCAAGAGGUCCUGCUCCACCUCUGGAAACGAAAAAUUUUGACAGUUCAGAAGAGAAGAUUAGGCAGUUGGAAAAAAAAGUGAAUGAACUGGUUGAAGAAAGCUGCAUUGCUAACAGCUGUGGAGACUUGAAAUUGGCUCUGGAAAAAGCAAAAGAGGCUGGAAGAAAGGAAAGAGUAUUGGUGAGACAACGUGAACAAAUGGCUACUCCAGAAAACAUCAACUUAGACCUCACUUACUCAGUUCUUUUCAAUCUGGCCAGUCAGUAUGCUGCUAAUGAAAUGUAUGCUGAAGCACUGAAUACUUACCAAGUUAUAGUGAAGAAUAAGAUGUUCAGCAAUGGAGGUAGACUGAAAGUGAAUAUGGGAAAUAUAUAUUUAAAACAACGGAACUAUUCCAAAGCUAUAAAAUUCUACCGUAUGGCUCUAGACCAAAUUCCUAGUGUCCACAAAGAGAUGAGGAUUAAAAUAAUGCAAAAUAUUGGAGUUGCAUUUAUUAAAACUGGCCAAUAUUUUGAUGCCAUUUCUUCAUUUGAACAUAUAAUGAGUAUGUCCCCAAACCUGAAGGCAGGCUUCAACUUGAUCCUGUGUUAUUUUGCUGUUGGAAACGGUGAGCAAAUGAAAAAAGCUUUCCAAAAACUGAUUGCGGUUCCCUUGGAAGUGGACUAUGAUGAUAAAUACAUUUCACCAAAUGAUGAUCCACAUACAAAUCUACUGAUGGAAGCCAUUAAAAAUGACAGCUUAAGACAAAUAGAACGUGAGAGGAAAUCCAUGGCGGAGGAAUACAUCAUGACUGCUGCUAAACUGAUCGCACCAGCAAUUGAGACAUCUUUUGCAGUGGGCUAUGACUGGUGUGUUGAAGUAGUAAAAGCUUCCCACUAUGUAGAGUUAGCCAAUGACUUGGAAAUAAAUAAAGCCACUACCUACUUGAGGCAGCAGGAUUUUAACCAGGCACUGGAGACUUUAAAAAUGUUUGAAAAAAAGGAUAGCAGAGUGAAGAGUGCAGCUGCAACAAACCUCUCAUUCCUCUAUUAUUUGGAGCAUGAAUUGGCACAAGCAACUAACUACGCAGAUUUAGCUGUAAAUUCUGAUAGGUACAAUCCAGCAGCUCUAACUAACAAAGGAAAUACUGUUUUUGCAAAUGGAGACUAUGAAAAAGCAGCUGAGUUUUAUAAGGAAGCUCUCAGGAAUGAUUCCUCAUGCACUGAAGCACUUUACAAUCUCGGUUUAACAUACAAGAAGUUAAACAGAAUAGAUGAAGCUUUGGAUUGUUUUCUGAAACUCCACGCAGUCCUUCGAAAUAGUGCCCAAGUCCUUCACCAGAUAGCAAACAUAUAUGAGAUCAUGGAAGACCCCAAUCAAGCCAUGGAGUGGCUCCUGCAGUUGAUCAGUAUAGUACCAACUGAUCCACAUGUACUUUCAAAGCUAGGGAAAUUGUAUGAUAAUGAAGGUGAUAAAUCCCAAGCUUUUCAUUAUUACUAUGAGUCAUACCGGUAUUUCCCUUCAAACAUUGAGGUCAUUGAAUGGCUUGGAGCCUAUUACAUUGACACCCAGUUUUGUGAAAAAGCCAUUGAGUACUUUGAAAGAGCAGCCCUUAUCCUACCGACACAAGUGAAGUGGCAGCUGAUGGUUGCCAGUUGCUACAGGAGAAGCGGUAACUACCAGAAAGCUCUAGAGAAAUACAAAGUAAUUCACAGAAAAUUCCCAGAGAAUGUUGAAUGCCUCCGAUUUUUAGUUCGCCUCUGCACAGAUAUGGGGCUGAAGGAAGUCCAGGAAUAUAUGACAAAGCUCAAGAAAGUGGAAAAAUUAAAAGAAAUAAGAGAGCAGCGCAUUAAAUCUGGCAGAGAUGGCAGUGCACGUAGCCGCAGAGAAGGAAAUGUUGCUGGUGAUACCAAUAGUGGUGGUACCAAAGGGGAAAGACUGAGUGUCAAACUAAAAGCUUUUCCUGGAACAAGUGAACCCUAUGAAAGCAGCACCAGUAAAGAAAUAGAUGCAUCCUACGUAGAUCCACUUGGACCACAAGCAGAAAGACCAAAAACUGCAGCAAGAAAAAGAACGGAGGAAGAUGACUUUGCUGAUGAAGAACUAGGAGAGGAUUUGCUUCCAGAAUAGCAUAUGGUCCACACAUAAUAUUUUAUCCUUCUACAAGUUCUAGCAGAAAAAAUUUGACCCAUGAUGAUUUUGUAGUGGAUUUUGAUAAAAUACUUGUGAAAUGCUUUGGAUAUAUGGUAUCUUACAUUAAAAACACGGAUAUAAA